ACACUCUCUCUCUCUCUGUCUGAUUUCCAUUGUCAUCGAUAGAGAUGGAGCGAAACAACGUGUUCACAAUCGCACUCAUCUGCAUUCUCGUAGCCGGAGUCGGAGGCCAAGCUCCGGCAGCCGCGCCGACAAAGUCUCCGGCGUCUCCAGCUGCGACCACACCCACUAGUUCACCACCAGCUGCAACCACACCCACCACUUCACCACCAGCUGCAGCUCCCACAAAGCCCAAGUCACCAUCUCCAGUCGCUUCCCCAAAAUCGGCUCCACCCGCUUCAACUCCGGUGUCGGCGACACCCAAGCCUGCGGCCGCGGCUCCAACUCCGGUGGCUACUCCUACUGUUGCCGUUUUACCUCCAUUGCCAGCUCCAGUGAGCUCACCACCUUCUAAGGCUCCGGCCAGCUCCCCACCGGCUAAAUCUCCUCCGGCAGCCGCUCCGGCUCCAGUCGCUGAGCCACCGACUACACCUGAGGCUCCGACUCCAGCUCCUAGCAAGAAGAAGUCUAAGCACAAGUCUCCGGCGGCUGCUCCCACUCCAGCUUCGGACAGCCCACCCGCGCCUCCGGCUGAGGCUCCUGGAGCAGCGAGCCCCGGUGCUGAAACCCCUGCUCCUUCUGUAGCUGACGAUCAGAGUGGAGCAGUGAGGUGCCUGCACAAGGUAGUCGGAUCCAUUGCAUUGGGAUGGGCAGUUUUGGUAUUAUUCUAGAGAUUGAGAUCGGGAUCUGCUGGUACCUGAAAUGGAACAAGGACGGUGUUAUUUCGUUGUAAUGUUGUCCUUAUUAUUUUAAUCUUUUGUCCACCGUUGUGUUCAUUAUUACAGAUCUAGAAGAAGAAUUCAUAUUUAUUUACCAUUUAUUUCUCUUUAAAAAACCACUUUUAUUAAUUUAUCCUUUGUAUUCUUUUGUCACAUCUCAAUUCAGUCGCUCCUUUGUCUUGGUGACUCUCA